CGCGCCUGUAUCGGCUUUUAUUGCGACAUCAUCCGCAGUGCUGCCGCGGCGCCUGGAUUCAUGACACUAUAUUAGUCCCACAGGACCGAGUUUGCUAAUGCCUCUGUGUGUGUGUGUGUGUGUGUGUGUGUGUGUGUAGGGAAAGAGAUGGGGGGUGCCUCCACUGAGUACAAUGCAAGGUCAUGAGAGAAGCGUUCCAUGGCCGGAGAGCGAGCAAAAGAAGGGGGAAGGGGGGCAUCAAAGAGGGAAGAGUGGAUAGAGAGAGAGAGAGAGAGAGAGAAAAGAGAGAGAGUCUGAGAGAACAAGACAGCAUAUUCAUAUCCAUACGCGUAUUUAUAGCAAGCCUGCAAGGAGUGGGGAGAGAAGGGGGCGUGGCUUGGGUUAUGACAUUCUCCCUGGCUGCCUUAGAGCAGCGUAGACGGAGAGAGAGGCUGUGUUUUAGUCCGCGCGCGCAUAUGUGUGUGUGUGUGUGUGUGUAAGUGAGUGAGGGAGAGACAGAGCGCUCGCACAAGAGGCAGGGGGGCUGUUUUUGAGCGCUUACGCAUGUGUGUAACUGCGCGUGUGUCUAUAUGUAUGUGUGUGUGAGAGAGCGAGAGAGAGAGAGAGGGGGCUGCCAUUGAAUGCAUGCCUGAGAGAGGAGAGAGAGAGAGAGAGAGAGUAGGAGGAAGAGGAAGAGGGAGUCGACUGUGUUGAAUGUGUCAGAGGGAGAGAAAUCAGAAUUGCUUCCAUGAAAUCUGUGUGACUCAAACACAGAGCCCUCCUUGUAUCUGAGAGAGCAGGAGAAGGGGAGAGAGACAGAGAGGAGGGGGAAAACCAGAGGGCAGGAGAGGAAGAGAGAGAAGGAUUGAAGGAACAGAGGACUACAGAGAAUGAGAUUCUCAAGAGAAGACAUUCACCCUGUUUCCAGUCACUCAGGAAACCAAGGAGGAAGCCAGUGUUUCUUUUGUCGCGCUCAGUGUCGGCGGGGCCCAAACGCAGGAAGCGCCUAGGACGACACAGACAUUCGUAACACAGACAUACUCUUACACACACGCACACACACACUCAUACAGACAGAUACAGACACACACAUCGAAGCAACUUCUCUGUUUUGCCUGUGUGGAAACCAGGACAAAAUAACUGCCAGCAGUUUACAACCAUCCCAGAAUGAGAAGAGAAGAGUGAAACUUGGCGUCUACUGAGAUUACAGAGACAUUUAGGUCAUCUAACCUCACCAGCCUGUUGAGUGGGGCCAUUUGCACAGUGGCAGGCCUUGUGAAAUCCGGCCUGUGUGGUCUAACGGCACCCUGAAAAGAGGAGCAGGUGAACAUCAACCAAACCAAGGCCUGGUGAGCCCGGUGCUGCCCCUGGUGGACACACCAUGACAUCGCACGGCAAGCUGAAGAAGGAGAAGGGGGGGCUGGUGGAGUAUGAGAACCAGGUCAAAGAGGUGCGCAGUCAGCUGUCAGAGCAGAUGAAGGUGCUGGACGCGCAGCUGGAGCAGAAGACGCAGCAGUUACAGGACGUGAGCGACUACCUGCGAAGACGGGGAGAGAUCGAGGCCGAGUACGCCCGCUCCCUGGACAAGCUGGCCGAGAGGUUCACCCUCAAGACCAAGAGGAAGGAGCAGUCGGACCAGUGUUCAGUGGUGCAGUGCUGGUCAGUUCUGCUAACACAGACCCGACAGGAGAGUCGUGACCACAGCGCUCUGAGCGAGACAUGCUGCAACACACUCACCCAGCGCCUCUCCCACUGCAUAGAGGACACACACCGCCUGGCCAAAAAGAGUAAAGAGGUUGGACAGCAAAUGCAGGAUGAUCUCCUGAGGGUUACCACUGAGUUACAGACGACUCUGAAGACGUAUUACCAGUACCACAUUGACUGCCUGGCUGCAGAGGGAAAGCUCAAGGAUGCCACGCGAUUGGAGGAGAAGUCAGGGAAAUCGGGUGACACGCUGGGCAUCGUCCAAUCAGUGGGCCAGAGACGAUGGAGCUCUGAUGGAGAAGAUGGAGCUUUCCAGCUGAGACAAGGUAAAGUACAGGAGACCCAGCUGAAGUGUACCAAGGCUCGUAAUGACUACCUGCUCCAACUUGCUGCGGCGAAUGCCUCCAUGAAUAAGUACUAUCUGCAAGACAUCUGCACACUGAUUGAUUGCACAGAUCUGGGGUACCAUCUGACGCUGACGCGGGUCAUGCGAGGGUUCCUGUCCCACCGGCACCGCAUGCAGCAGAACCUGAAGAAUGGGCUCCAGCAGCUGGACAGCGCUGUGACCGGACUGGACCAGGGCCAGGACCGCGAUGCUCUGCUGCAGGCCCACAACGCUGCCUUCUGCCUGCCUUUCCGCUUCCAGUACCAGCCCCACGAGGGGGACCAGGUGUGUGAGGUGAGUGCUGAGUGCCAGGUGAGAUACGAGUUGGAGACCAGAUUCCAGCAGCUUCAAUCAAGGCUCGCCUCCGUUACCUUGGAAACAGAAGAGAUUAGUAAAACACUGAAGGCUACCCACGCUGCCUUGGUGGAUAGCAUCUGUGAUGAUGACUGCAACCCGGCUCCCGAUUUGUCCUCUACCGUCUCUCUGGACACCACCGGCGACAGUGGUGGGACCAAACUCCCACUGGCCAAGCGUCGGGCCAAUCAGCAGGAGACAGAGACCUACUACUUCACAAAAGUCAAGGAGCACCUCAGUGGCAGCUCUCUGAUCUCCAAACUCCAAGUCAAACAUGACCUACUGAAGGAGGCCAUUCAGAAAGCGGAGGCCAUUGACAGCGACCCCUCAAGAAUGCCAUCUGGUAGGGCACUGCGUGUGCGGAAGGCCAGGCCAUGCUCCCAGUACAACCACAAACUCUUCUCUGGAGACAUGCUCUCCUUCAUCCAGAGUUCUGGACAGCAGAUCCCCCUGGUGGUGGAGAGCUGUAUUCGCUUCAUCAACCUCCACGGUUUGCACCAUGAAGGCAUUUUCAGAGUACCUGGCUCUCAAAGUGAGGUGAACCACAUUCGAGACGCUUUUGAGAGAGGUGAGGACCCUCUGACAGAUGGAGAGUGUGACAUUGACUCUGUGGCAGGCGUUCUCAAGCUCUACUUCAGGGGUUUGGAGAGGCCUCUCUUCCCCGAAGAGUUUUUCUCACAGCUGAUGGAGUGUGUCCAGAUUGAGAAUGUGACAGAGAGAGCCUCCCAGAUAAAGAGUGUGGUCUCCAGCUUCCCCCGGCAGAUUGUCAUCGUCAUGCGAUACCUCUUCGCCUUCCUGCAUCAUGUCUCCCAGUACAGUGAUGAGAACAUGAUGCAGCCCUACAACCUGGCGGUGUGCUUCGGGCCCAGCCUUCUGCGGGGAGCGGAGUCCGGUGACGCCGUCACUCUGCAGCCCCAGAUCAAUGCCCUGGUCAAGACCAUGAUCCUCCAGUACGAGAGCAUCUUCCCUGGGCCUGCCGAGCUCCCAGGGCCCAUCUACGAGAAGUGCAUGACCCUGGAACAAGAGUACUGUGAACCAAUUACUGAGGAAGGGGAAGGAGAGACUGAACAUCCCCACAGUGAGGAUGAAUGGGACGCGGUGGCCAUAUUUGAUUAUGCGGCGCGCUCUGCAGCUGAGCUGUCAUUCAAGCAGGGGGACCACCUCCAGCUGCACAGCAAGGCCUCUGCUGAUUGGUGGAGAGGAGAAGUGGGCGGGGUGAAAGGCCUUAUCCCCCACAAGUACAUCAAUGUAUCUGAAGGGGUGGAGAGGAGGCUGGAGAGGGGGAAGAGGGAUGAGAACAGAGGAGGGAGCACUGGGAACCUGGCAGCAGAGGAGCAGCAACUGGGCGAGCACAGCACGCGCAUGCGUGUGAACAGUGACAGUGCUUCUCUACCUGGGAGGCAGAGAGGAGUGGGAGUGGGGGGGGUGGGAGUCGGAGUCGGGGGAGUCGGAGUCUUGAGUGGCGGGAGCGGCAGUCCCGUGCGCAAGCUCACCCUGCAGGUGCCCGAGGGUGCCCGUCUGAUCCAGCUGCCCCAGUCACCUGGCAUCGUCCGCCAACACUCAGGGAAUCAGGAGCGCAGACACACACUGGACAGUGUGCGGGCAAUGCCUGGCGGAGCAGAGAAGCAGCCUAUACAGGUAGACAAGGACGUCAGUCGUCAGAUGGACUCUGUCUUUAAGGAGCUCCUCUUGCGCCAGCCUCCCCUGAACCCCUCUGCGGCGACGGCCCCCUCUACCCCCACGUCUUCAGCCGCCUCCACCCCCUCGUCCACCUCCUCUCCGCCCCCUGCACCCCGCCCGGCCCCCAAGAAGCCCGUCUUCGGCCUCAUGAGCCGGCGCUGACCGCCUGGCACACAGAUGGAGGAGGCGGCUAAGUGGAGGCGCCCAAAAAGCAGAACAUCAACUUGGAGUGAGAGAGAGAGAGAGAGAGAUAGAGAGAGAGAAAGAAAGAGAGAGGGAGAGUACUAAAUCAAUCGUCUGUUUUCAUUUUGGACGAGGGAUGCCUAUAGUCCUUCAUGGCGUUGUAACAGAAGAAUUGAGAAGAUAUAUUUUUCCAACUCAUACAAUAUAUUAUAGUCUUACGAUAUAUGGUCUGUUGAUUUGCCCCCACAUUGUACAUCCGUUACAGUGCAGUUCCGUGGAGUGUCUGAUGUGUUUUGUUGUAGUUGUAGUGCCGUCAUACAUAAGUGAGGCGUCCACUUGAGCCAAGGGCGCACUCAAACAGGUUAGUUCACCCUGCCCCAACAAACGCCAACAAACACCAAUAAACUCCAGGAACUAGCAGCCAUUGGUUGUUCUUGGAUCAGUGUGUUAUGCUGUUACUGUGAAGCAAAGAUGCCAAAGUGUGGAGCUUCAUGGCACUGUAUGAUCUUAAGUGUGAUGGAAAUUUAAAAGUUUUUUCUUUUUUAUUUGCAAACAUUCUUAAAUUCAAACAUUUUUUUUUUUUAAAAAAAAA